AUGGCCGUAUCUUCCAUCAACCAGCCAAGUGGUCGAGCAGUAACUCGGUCAUUCAAUCUUCCUUGGUCUAGUGGUGAUGAUUUCCGCUUGUCAUUAAUACCGAUAAGCGCGGGAGACCGGGGUUCGAUUCCCCGAGGGAGAGAUUCUUUUUUGCGCUUGCUAUUUCUUUUGCCCCUCAAAAUGAAAUGGCCACUGAAGAUUACUUUGGCGCUUAUUGAGAUACGAUUUUAUUCCUAUCAUAACCUUGAGAUUUACCAGGAUUUAACCGAAAUUGCGUAUACUCUACGCUACUGGCGUAAGACAGUACAAUAA